AUGGCGGGGUGGCUCAGAACAAUGUGUGCACCUGUCCGGACCAGUGGAGCGGAGAGACGUGCUCAGAAGUCCAGAGUGAUACAAACUGACCAACAAGCCAAACUCAUCUCAACUCUUAUUCAUCUCAUCCUCUUAGAAAACUUCUGCAAAGGUGGACUUGUGGAUAAUUUCACAUUCAAAGAUACACCCAUCGGCUGGUUCGCUUAUUCUGACGAAGUCUGUCCCACAGGAACGAGUGGUGCUGGUAAACCAAAGGCUUCCACCAGAUGUUCCAACAAGACCGGAUCACUUGGUUUGGACCGUCCGCUGCAGCUGCUCCAGUGUGAUCAGACGCUCAGCAACAUACAACUAAAUCUCACCAACGUGGCUGAUUUAGAGACACUGGCGUCCAGCACACAAAUUCUGACGUCCAGACCUGGAGAGCUGACGGCCGACAACAUUACGACCGCAGCUCAUAUCGUCAACACGCUGCUGCUGUCUCCUAACGCCACAGAGAGCGUCAGGGUGGCAGCAGUAGCUACAGUCAGUCAGCUGCUCAACGCCAGCACUCCAGACACCGAGGAAAACAACGCCACUCUGGGCCUGACGCGGACCCUGGACCAGCUCUCUGUGAACCUCAGCACCAACCUCAACAACUCUCAGUCUCAGGUGGUUCAACCAAACCUGGUGGUGCAGUCAGCACAGGUCCCUGCGUCCGACAAUCAGGGCGUUCAAUUCACCUCUCUCACGGGUCAGUGGUCCGGACCAAGCCGACCAUGA